CAUCCAGACCGCUCUGCUGAAACACAACAUUGCUCAACGGAUCUGCCUUGUUUUCCGAUUCUUCACUCGCCGCGCACAAUUCACCAAUGCGACACUGCGCGUAUUCAUGGAGUGUAUGUACAUGUGUUUGCUUUACAUUACCAGAAUCAUGCAGGACGGACAUUCGUACAUCCAUCAACUCCUGGGCUACAACAUCCUUCUCUAUAUGUUCAAGGCGCUCAGAAACCUGCAUACUUACCCCGAACUCGCCGAUCAGCGGUACAAAGAACUCAAGACCACCAUAGCGGUCCAUAUCGUGAACAUUCUAAACAAUGUCAUAUGCCAUUUUUCCUACGCUUCGAUUCUGAAGCGGUCCAAAAAGGCUAUCUCCAAAAUUCAACGACAGCACGCCGAUGGAUUCCUCGACCCUAAAGACCUGAGCUUGAAGGACGUGUACGAAACAUGGUCACAGUUCGUAACCAUCGCUUCGUACAGAAACAAUAUCUGGUCUACUAUUCCUGAUUUAUUCUGCGGUAACAGCGAGUGUCCUGGAGCGUCGGCCGGAAUGUUCAUGGCUUGUUCCGGCUGCCGCUCUACACAGUACUGCUCGCGGACAUGUCAAAAGGAUGACUGGACCUCUGGUGCCCACCGUUCCCUCUGCAUCGAAAUCAAACAACUCAGGAGUGACGGUGCCCCCUUACCCAUGUCUUCGAGUGAUCAGAAAGCCCUCGAGAACCUCAAUAGUCAAUAUGUCAAAUAUUACAGACAAGAGCCCUCGGAGUGGGACGCGCUGUUAGAAGAGUAUAUUGCAAAGAAUGGAGAGCCAAAUCCUUUCUGGCCCUUGGUUGUGGCACUGGACUACCGUGCUCUCGACGUUAACCCUCAAAUACUACUCGAGUCUUCGGAACGGCGUGUCAAAAACCUCGAGAUCGUAGCUCAGGCACGAGAAGGACGUGGCAUCUUCGUGUAUUGGACUAUCCCAGAUGGCUAUCAUCUUGUGGAGAAAGGGGAACUGGUUGUUUUGUAAACUAACAUAUUCUAGCUUGCUGCUCUCGCGACUUCGUCAACAGUUUAUUAGAUCGUUCUUCCUCUCUAGGUAUACGCCAUUUACCACUACCAAAAAAUACCUAUCUCAGUAUUAUAGCAUAGUUGUGAUCCACGGUCUCUAUUUCCAUCCAAAUGGUCCAUCGUUACGUUAACGCUGCUGCAGAGACGACUCGACAUGAGUCUUGUUUGUGUGGCUUGACCGGACU